UGUUUCUUCCGAAGACUUGAAAACAUCUGUUGUGUAACUACAUUGCUGUGACAACUUACCCUAUAUUGUUUUUUUUUAGUGUGUCAACCCCACAUACAAGUCAAGUUGUAUCUCUUUUCCUGGGCAUCAACAAUAGGAAAUGUUUUUUUGUAUCCAGGACUUCAAACAUCACCUAAAUAUUCACUGGAGUAAAACAUAAUUUCAUUAGAUUAAGAAAACGGCAUACAUGCGCUAUAUAUGCACACGAAUACCCUUAUAGUUUUGGCGAAAAGACCUUUUCUAAUUUGCUUACACCACGAAACUGUUCGGCUUUAGGACCCAGCAGCGGUCAGCGAGGCACAGAGACCUUACGGUGAAUCACUAGAUGACGGGAGGAGCCCUAUGUAUCCGUAUCAACCAGGAUUCAAAGCAGCUCAGCGUUUUAACAAUAAUUCAGAUAUUAUUGUGUUUAAAUGAACACAAUAUCACUCGAAUAGAAUGACACUAAGAAGUAUUUCUGUACCCUGAUGAGCUGCACGGAGGUGUGGUGGUCAGAGAUGGAGCACAUCAGAAUGCCAAAGGUUGAAAAUGUCCGGUUAGUGGACAGAAGUUCUUCUCGAAGAAUUCAAGUGGGCACGCUCUACCUGACAGCCACACACACGAUCUUUGUCGGUAAAGGAUCUGAGGACAGAAGUGAGCUGUGGGUUCUGCACAGUUUGGUGUGUAACGUUGUAAAGCAUAAAGCAUCUCAGAGCGGAUACCCUUUAUUAAUCCACUGCAAGAACUUUCAGGUCAUGCAGUUGAUCAUUUCUCAAGAGAGCGACUGCCACAAUGUUUACACUUCACUCUCACGUCUCUCCAGGCCAGAAAAAUAUGAAGAGUUGUAUUGUUUUUCCUUCAAUCCCAAUGUCGACAAAGCUGAACGGGAGCACUCAUGGGACUUUUUAGAUCUGAAGGCUGAGUACAGUCGAAUGGGACUUCCAAAUAAGCUAUGGCAUGUCACCCCAAUCAACCGAGAGUACAGGGUGUGUGAUACUUACCCAGCUGACUUGUUUGUGCCUCAAUCCGUCACCCUCCCUGUCAUCAUAGGGAGCUCACUGGGUGUGGCUAGAGAAAUUGAACUCAGGUACCAGGGCCAAAUUCUCAUGAAGUGCCCAUUCCACAGAGAGGACAGUGCCACAAUAUGUCGCAGCAGUCAGCCUCUCUCUGGCUUCAGUGCUCGCUGCCUGGAGGAUGAGCAAAUGCUGCAGGCCAUCAUGAAGUCUAAUCCUGGCAGCAGAUUCAUGUAUGUUGUAGACACCAGACCCAAGCUAAAUGCAAUGGCAAACCGAGCUGCGGGCAAAGGCUACGAAAAUGAGGACAACUACUGCAACAUUAAGUUCCAGUUCAUCGGCAUUGAAAACAUCCAUGUGAUGAGGAACAGUCAGCAGAAACUCAUAGAGGGUAUUGUGCUGAUUGAGAAAGACUGGGUUUCUUUUGGACACAAGUUUUCACACAGAUGUGGUCAUCUUGAUGGAGAAGCAAAGGAAGUGUCACCUGUCAUAGACCAGUUCCUGGACUGUUUAUGGCAGCUUAUGGAACAGUUUCCCUGUUAUUUUGAGUACAAUGAGAAGUUUCUAAUCAGCAUCCACAACCACAUCUACUCCUGUCACUAUGGCAACUUCAUUUGUAACAGCCAGAAGGAGAGGAAAGAUCUGUGCAUCAAAGAGAAAACUCAUUCCAUAUGGCCUCAUUUAUGGGAGAACAAGCUGGAUUUCAUGAACCCUCUGUUCAAACCUGAUCAGAGCCAGAAUCAGGGACUUCUAAGGCCCAGAACUGCCCCCUACUGUUUUAAAUACUGGAGAAGGUUGUAUAACCGUUUUGAUCGUGAGUUGCACCCACGUCAGUCUGAGCUAGAUUGUCUGAUGACUGUAAAAGAGGAAACGCAACGACUUGAGGAAGAUCUGGCUCUCUGUGAGCAGAAACUGGCUGUUCUGGAUAAGGAGCGUGCAAAAACCCUUUACAUGCAAAAGGGUGUGUUGGAGAGCAAGCAGGCCCUGUGGUCGUUACCUUUAGAUACAAGCCUGGCCAAUACUCCUCAGGAUUACAUCGGUGGCUUUAUAGGUGGUGCUCCCAAUGUUUUCACCCUACAACAAGGAGAGAGAGAAAGCUCAGAGCUUUGCCUGUUUGGAGACAAACCAAAAAGCUCUGAUGCUGACAAUAGUGACCAGGAGUCAGGAGUGGCAGAUUUCAGCUCCCAUUCUUCUGGUGAAGAGUCCUUGCCAAGUGAGGACAGUGUGAAGGAUCCUGAUUCGGAUGAGACUGGCCCCAACAGAGCGUGAACAAAUGCAACAUUUUGCAAGAAGAAAAAGCUAUUACUGUACCUGAUCAACUGUAUGUGAUCUACUUGAUCUGCUGUAUGUGAUCAAGAUAUGAGUGUGGUAUUUCAAAUUAUGCAAAGAUAUUGGACAAUGUGGACAUGUGUCUGGCAUUACAGAAGCAUGUCUUUCUGUCUGAACAUGUAAUACAGGUGUACUAUAUAAAGAGUGAUAUUUUAAUCUAGUAUAUAUUUAUAAUUUCUCAUUAGCAUGAAUUCUUUCAAACAUUAAAUACUUGUGUGCAAUAAAUUAUCUGAUCUUAAUUUUUUGCACUUUGUGCACUUGAAUAACAUGAAUAUCUGAAAAUUCUGUUUAUUGUGAAAUGAAUGUGAUAUUUACAUUAGAAAUUACUUAUUUAAAGCUAUUUAUUUCUUAGUGGAUUCGGAUGGUCCUUGGAUAGUUUACAUAGUGUAAAACAUUUGUCUGGCACAAUGAUCUUUGUUGUUUGUUAAAAAACUAAUUCCAAGAAACGCAAAGAACCAAAAGAAACCAGACCAAAUAAGCAUUGAGUGAAGCAAAAAAUAUAUUAAUACUAAUGUAUACAUUUAGGAAAU